CCUUUGUAAUGGAAAUACGGGCGAAGGAAAAAGUUGAAUCAAUGUCACCAUCAUAAUAGCAUACACGAUGGAUGCAGAAGAACUGCGGACAUAUGAACAACAACUGGUCCAAGUACGUACUGCUCUUGAAGCUGAUCCAAAAAAUGAAGAAUUACGUCUAUUAGAAGAAGAAUUGCAAAAGAUUAUCGAUCUAAACAAAGAUAUUGCAAAUACUCAAAAUGCUGCUUCUUCUUCUUCCCAUUCAGGUGCAGGGCCAUCUGUCUCAAAACCACAAUCUAAUAAUAUAGAGCCAAAGCAUAAAUUUGCAGCAGGAGACGAAUGUCAAGCAAAGUAUGAAGGUGAUGGUCGAUUCUACGAUGCACGAAUCGUCAGUGUGGCUGGAUCACAGCAUAAUCCAAUGUACACAAUCCUGUUUAAAGGGUACAACGAGACAGCGAUUGUCACUUCUGAAUCAUUAAAACCUUCUAGGCACGCCGGUCAUCAUAAGAUCGCUUCGAACGAUCAAGCUCAAUCAUCGUCUUCACAAGCUCUGGGAUCUAGACAAGCAAAGCUAACGCCUGAAGAAGAAGCAGAACGUGAACGAAAGAAGAAGAGAUCAGAGAAAAAGAAUGAGAGAUUCGCAAAUCGAACAGCCGAAGCACAAGCUGUACAGAACAGUUGGCAAAAGUUUGCAAAAAAAGCCGAAAAGAAGGGACACAUGAAAAAGGAAAAGAGCAUGUUCAAAACGCCCGAUGAUCCAUUGGCAAAAGUCGGUGUAAUUGGAGCCGGACGUGGUAUGACUCAAUACGGAGAUAGAAAGAAGCAUAUGUACGACGGAGAUGGAAAGUAGGACUGGUAGAAAGUAGCCGCAAUCCCAACGUCGCCCGGAAUGGAGUCGUAUUGCAGAACGAUCUUUUGGAUUCUCUUACUCGCACAAAUCAAUUAUCGUUAAUUAGCAAAGAAACAAACAGAGAACAUAUCUAC